UGCUGAACAGUGACAGAUUGUGACAGAAAGACCCACAAGUCAAGGAAAUUCCAGACGGCAGGAAAAGCACUUGAAUUGUAUAGGAAACAAGUACAUAUAUUUAAAUUUUUCCAACAUGGGCGCAAGAAUUAGACGCAAUGAACCUUUUACCAGUGACGAAGUGCAGCGUCUUCUUAGAAACCCAUCAAAUAAACCCCACCGAAUGCUCUUAUUUCUGGACACAAGAUUUGCCAGUGAAGACAUAAGGACCUCCGGCCGUGUGAUGCCUGACAUUCACAUCUUUUCCGGACCGUUGGUGGAAAGUUUGAGAUACGGACCCUUUUUGCCGGUGAAUCUGUCCAAGGAGCACUCUUGGGCUUACUCCGUACUCAUGCAACAACCCAUAGUUCGCCCUGCCCAUCCUGGACGAAUUCGCUACACUGCUGUGCCUCAAUGGAGUCCUCCAACGCGUCUCGGACUGGGAAGAAACGUGAUUUUUCCGGAGGACAUCUUGGGACUGAUACUAAUGGCCAUGAUAGUUAACCCCGAAAUCGACACCCUAAUGCGCCUCGAUCCCAUUAAGGCCAUGUCCCUGCUGCUGCGCAUUGCAAACUACUUUCUCAACUGAGUCGGGAUAGUAACAGAUUAUAUGAUUCGUGGGCUGGCUGAUUAGCUAGACCCAUUAGGUGAAAAUAAAUAAAUUAUACAAUAAA